AUGGGAUCCAUGAGCCCUGAGAAAAACUGGGAGGUGAUGAUCGUCGGCGGCGGGUUUGGCGGCAUGUAUCUCCUGCACAAGCUGCGUCAGUUCGGGUUCGACGUGCACCUGUACGACGCGGCGAGCACGUUCGGGGGCACCUGGUACUGGAACUGCUACCCGGGCGCCCGGGUCGACUCGAUCGUGCCGACAUACCAGUUCUCGUCCGACGAGACGUGGGACCAGUGGGAGUGGAGCGAGGCGUACCCAAAGCGCGAAGAGCUCGAGGCCUACUUCGCGCACGUGGGCAAGCUGUGGAAUCUGCACGCGGACGCGACGUUCAACUCGCGCGUCGUGAGCGCGCACUGGGACGUGUCUCACAAGGAAUGGGUGUGCGAGAUCUCGAACGAUCAGGAAAACACGACGACCAUCGUCAAGACGCGGAUACUGCUCUUCUGUGCGGGUCUCGCGGCCGUGCCGUACAAGCCGCCCUUCAGGGGAGUCGACGACUUCCAGGGAACAAUCUACCACACAUCGCGAUGGCCGCGCCAGGGAGUUGAUCUCAAGGGGAAGCGGUGCGCCGUGAUCGGCACCGGAGCCACGGGAGUCCAGGUGAUCCAAGAAGUCGGCCCCGUCGCCUCGCGGCUUACCGUGUUUCAGCGGACGCCGAACAUGGCACUACCAAUGGAUCAAGCGCCGCUGAGUCGAGAAGAGAACAACAAACUCAAAAAGGAAAUGCCCGAGAUCAAGGAGCUCGCCAAAGCCACCUGGGCCGGAUUCUUGUACUCGUGGCACGACAAGGCCGCGAUGGAGGACAGUCCCGAGGAGCGCGAGCAGUUCUACGAGGAGCUGUGGAAGAGAGGUGGCUUCGGGUUCUGGGUGGGCAACUACAAGGACACCUCGUUCACGCACGAGGCCGCCGACGCGGCGUACGCUUUCUGGCGCAAGAAGACGGCCCCCUUGAUCCAAGACCCGUACAAGAGGGAGAAGCUCUGUCCCGAGAAGGCGCCCAACCCGUUCGGCACGAAGCGCAUCUCACUGUACAGGACGUACUUUGACGUCUUCAACCUCCCCACCGUGGACCUUGUUGACGUCAACGAGAACCCGAUCGACGAGAUCACCGUCAGGGGGAUCAAACUCCAGGACGGCACCGAGAUCGAACUGGACGUCAUCAUCUUCGCCACAGGCUUCGACACCAUCACGGGCGGCCUCACGCACGUCGACAUCCGCGGGACGGACCCGUCCUUCACGCUGGGCGACAAGUGGAAGAAGGGCUGCCAGACGUACUUGGGCAUGUGCAGCAACGGAUUCCCCAACCUGUUCUGGGUCUACGGCCCGCAGUCGCCGGGCCCGUUCUCCAUCGGUCCCAACUGCAUCGAGUACCAGGGUGACUGGCUCACGGACAUGCUGCGCGAUCUGCGCCGGGACCGGGUCACCACGAUCGAAGCCACGCUCGAAGCCGAGCAGAAGUGGAGGGAAGGCAUCCUUGCCGCGGGCGAGAUGGGUCUCUUCAAGUACGCAAAGAGUUGGUGGUUUGGCGCCAACAUCCCAGGAAAGCCCAGAGAGUGUUACAACUACAUGCUGGGCAUGCCGCAGUACAGGAAGACAUGUGGCGAGGUUAGGAAGAAUGGGUACGAAGGGUUCCAGCUAAAGCAGGGCUAG